GAGCCAAGUGAAGCGGGGACGGCGGCAACCAUGAUGGCGCAGCGGGCGAUACCUAACCCUUACGCGGACUACGACAAGUCCUUGGCUACCAGCUACUUCGAUGCCUCCGGAAGGCUGACCCCCGAAUUCACACAGCGGCUGAAUAACAAAAUCAGGGAGCUGCUGCAGCACAUGGAGAGGGGCCUCAAGUCUGCCGACCCUCAGGACUGCACCACUUACACAGGCUGGGCAGGCAUCGCUUUGCUGUAUUUGCACCUGUUUGAUGUAUAUGGAGACCCAGCCUACCUUCAGGUGGCCCACGAGUACAUGAAGAAGAGCCUGAGCUGUCUGACCAGACGAUCUGUCACUUUCUUGUGUGGAGAUGCUGGGCCCCUGGCAGUGGCUGCUGUCAUCUACCACAAACUGCAGAACCAGAAGCAGUCAGAAGACUGCAUCACUCGUUUGCUCCAUCUGCACAAGCUUGGCUCACGAGUGCCAGAUGAACUGCUCUAUGGGCGCAUGGGCUACCUCUAUGCACUGAUGUUUGUGAACAAGCACUUUGGAGAAGAAAAGAUCCCUCAAAGUCACAUUCAACAGGUCUGUGAAGCUGUUUUAGCCUCAGGAGAGAGCUUGGCUAAAAAGAGGAACUUUACAGCAAAAAGCCCACUGAUGUAUGAGUGGUACCAGGAGUAUUAUGUUGGGGCAGCCCAUGGUUUGGCUGGGAUUUACUACUACCUCAUGCAGUCUAGUCUUGGAGUGAGCCAAGUAAAACUGCACAACACAGUCAAACCCAGCGUGGACUAUGUCUGCCAGCUCAAGUUCCCAUCUGGCAAUUACCCUCCAUGCAUUGAUGACAACCGAGACCUGCUUGUCCACUGGUGCCAUGGGGCACCAGGUGUUAUCUACAUGCUUAUCCAGGCCUACAAGGUUUUUGGGGAGCAGCACUACCUAAAUGAUGCCCUGCAGUGUGCAGAAGUGAUCUGGCAGCACGGGUUGCUGAAGAAAGGCUACGGGUUAUGCCAUGGGACAGCUGGCAAUGCUUACAGCUUCCUAGCACUGUACAACCUCACUCAGAACAUGAAAUACCUGUACAGGGCUUGCAAGUUUGCAGAGUGGUGCUUAAGCUAUGGUCAACAUGGAUGCCGCACUCCAGACACUCCAUUCUCUCUCUUUGAAGGAAUGGCUGGAACAAUUUACUUUCUUGCUGACCUGCUGGUGCCAACCAAGGCCAAGUUCCCUGCGUUUGAACUCUAAUUCUGAGUUUGGAUAUUUCCUGCCUGAAUCCGUGCACUCAGUAAAGCAGCCCAAAGCUGCCUUCUCCUUCCUCCUGACUCACCGCUGUUCACCUCACUGAAUGUAAAUCCAUCAUCCUCCUGAGGGCAUGCUGAGUUCUUUAAUAUUUCCACUCAUCUCAUUGCAUUGUUUUGAUUUAAAAGACAGGAUGCAGAUUUUGCUGGUGUCUCUUAACAAGACAGGGCUGCAGAGGGAAAAUGUACAGUAUUUUGUGAGCUAUAAAAAUGGGAUAAAAGCUUUCUAUUGAAUGUCACUGGCCUUUUUUUUUUUUUUUCCUGACAAAUACUUGCAGGUGUUUAAUUGUCUUUGGAAAACAAAACAUUAAAAACUGAGGCUACUGCCCUGCAAGUUGCUUUGAAAUCUUUUCUUUCUGAGCACGCAGGGAGUAGGCAGUUCAGCAGCUGGGCUGCUCCAUCUAAAGUGAGCAUGUGGAGUCUUCAUAUAUGUUUUUUUUAAUGUCCCAGUGAAAAUGGCACGGCUGGAACUGACAUGCCAAAGCCUUGUUCUUGAUUUCCUCCUGCCUGCUUUAAAGGCAAAGGCUAUGUGUAGAUAUUUUGUGCAAUUUUUUUCCAGUGACAGACAAAUAAUCCGCUCACUUUUGUGCUUAUUUGCCAUCUUAUGCUUAACCUUGCAAAAGUCCAUUGCUCAUUUGAUGGAAAACUUAAGUCUCAGACUGAGUUAAGCUUGCUUGCUCAUGUGGUCUCUUCUGCUCAGUUUUGAAAUUUUAUUUUGCAGACUUUAUUUAAAACUAUAUAUGAAUUAUUAUAGGUGUUAGGUGGUGCUGGGCCUACUAGCAGCAGCAUGGGAAAAGAAAUUUAUUCCACUCAGCUCUGUCAGUGUUUAACCUAUUACCUGUAUACAUUUUGUUUACAUGCUUUGUUUUAUAAGCUUUCUUGAAUCUCCAUAAUUUGAGUCACUUAUUUGCCUUGUUACUGUUUAUUGUAGUUGGAUUUGCAACCAUGUAUCUACCCAACUGGAAAAUCUGCCCUAGGUUAAAUAGUUUUGACCUGUCAAGCAGAUUAGAUACUUGCAAGUGGUAAAUCUGCUUUUCCAUCCUUACCUGAUGCAACCCUAAUUUAAGGACCUGACCCUGCAAACCACUUACUUAGCACUGAGAACAAACUAAACACUGACCACAGUGAAGGUUACUGAUGCAUCCUUACCAUCUGGGGCUGUAUGAGGGCAGCUUCUCAGCCUGCAUGAGAACGGAUGGGAGUUUUGAUCUUCCAAGGGCCCAGUUGCUAAGAGCAGGUGGGUAGCUGCUCCUGCACCAGCCAUAGUGAAGCAGGAGAACCAAACCUGGCACACCAACCCAGCAAGCUCUCAUGUGCCUGAACACAAGGCAGCCUUGCACAGCACAAAGGCAUGGGCUGCUCCUGCAAAGAGCAGAAACCAUUCCUGGAAGGUUGCCUGCUUUCUCAGAGCCCAGCCUCCUCCUGCCAUCACACCAUCCUGGAAGUUCAUGAAGGGACAGCCCAAAGCACAGAGAAGCUCAUGUGCUUCAGGCUGAGCAUCCCUGUCAGAAGCCUCAAGCCUGGUGUUUGUCAUUCCUUAACAUUCACAGGGUAUAAACAGCACAGGGAGGUGACUGAAAAGGAGAAAGCACAGCCAUGACAGCAGAAUUUGACUGAUCAAACAGUUUUGAGGUGGGAUCCUGUAGGAUGUGAGGUUACCUCCCAGCAUUGGCUGGUGAGAUGGCAGUGGGAGGAUGCUGCUCUGAGCCUGAGCUUCUGGCACUGCUUCUGUAAAAGAGAUGGUUCUUGGAGCCUGGUGUCAUGGCAGCACCAUAUCCCAGGGUUCAUACAUGGAUCUGAGGAUCAUCGGGGGCUUGUGUACAACUGCUCUGUGGAGCACUGUUUAAUAAAAAUACUGAAA